AUGCCUGAGGUUGAUCCAAUAGAUGAUGGAGAAGAUGCAUGGGACUACUCGUUCCCUCCUUCGACCGAUUCACUCCCACUAGAGCAAUCUUCGACUUUGCAGCAAUCACAAGCAACAAACCAAAGACCAUCAGGAUUAACCAGAAGCGACUCCGACGAACAACAGCUGCGACAGAUUGCUCAACAGAUUGACAUAAUCAACAAACUAAGGCAAGCAGAGAGCUCAGAAGUGGGGUCAAAUGGCGUCAGGUCAUCGUUGUCAUUAACAUCUACAUUUAGCAAAACGCCAUUGAAUCCAUUGACAACAAAAGAGGAUGCUAGUUCUGUCAUAUCAAAGGACUCAAGUACCAAGAAAUCCACAAGCGAAUUGGAGAACAAUGACAAACCUCGUUUCCUCAAAAACCUACAAAGCAUUGACGCAAAUAAUCAGACAACAUCACCAACUUCAAAUGAAUCAAAUGAUCUUGACCGUAAAUUAGGAUCACCAAAGAUAAUCGCAUACCGCAAAUCAAGGAGAACUAUUAGUGAAAGUACGUUUGAUUCCUUUGAUCCUUCAACACUGUUGUCUACGCCGCCACCUACAAGCAAGUUUGACACUCGUUUAUAUGUGGAUGAGUUUUACAAGGAUUCGAAAUAUAGAUACGCCACCAUCAAGAGAAAUGUCGAGUUUCAUCAAAUGUUCAAUUCACUCGACUUGACUGAUCGAUUACUAGAUGAUUUCUCAUGUGCAUUGAGUCGGGAGAUCUUGCUUCAAGGUAGGGCAUAUGUUAGUGAAAGCUAUCUUUGUUUCAAUUCAAAUUUGUUAGGAUGGGUUACGAACUUGACCCUCAAAUUCGAUGACAUUGUCAAGUUUGAAAAACGGUCAACUGCUGGGUUGUUUCCCAAUGGGAUCAGCGUCGAGACUGAAGAUGGCACGGUGCACACUUUUGCAAGUUUUUUGUCUCGAGACCAAACUUAUGAUCUAAUGACUACUGUAUGGAAGGGAAAAACGGGGAGAACGAACCGAGAAUCAGUCCUGUUUGAUUCUCCAGAGGCAACGAGUCAUGCUGACUCGUCAUCUUUGGCCAAUGUGACCUCACCGAGGGUGCAGUCUUACAUAAUGUCACUCGACGGUGACGACGAAUCUACAUCAAAAGACCAAGACGACGACACCGACCAAAACCAGGACGACUCCGAUAACGAUGAAACGCCGAACAAUGAGCCACCGCAGCAGAAUGGUGAGUUGUUACCUGCUCUUGGAAUCAUUUCCAAGCGUACAAAAAUCACCAAGCUCAAACCAGACUCCAAGUACCAAAACCUAGGCCCUGAUACACACGCGCCAACCACAGCCAAGUACACAAAGUUUCCACAAGAAGUUGAUUUGAUUGAAACAACAAUUGAUGCACCUUUGGGAGUAGUUUUUGCGAUAUUAUUUGGACCAAACACCGAUUUCCAACUUGAUUUCCUAAAGCGUCAUGACGGACUGGAAAUAUCAGACCUCACCGAGUUUAGACCAUCGAUUGAAGAUCCAACGUUGCUAGCAAGAGAAUAUACGUACCGCCGUCAGUUGGGUUACUCCAUUGGUCCGAAAUCUACGCGAUGCGAAGUCACCGAAACUAUUGAACAUAUGAAUCUUGCUGACUAUGUUGUUGUCACCAUCACCACCCAAACACCAGAUGUUCCACUGGGGAAUGCAUUUGCAGUGAAGGCACGAUAUGUCUUCACUUGGGGCGAACUGAAUACAACAAAUUUGUUGAUUAGUUUGUACGUUGAGUGGAAGGGCAGGUCGUGGAUGAAAUCUGUGAUUGAAAAACUGUCAAUUAGCGGGUCAACAACGACUUUGAAUGAAUUGGUGACGGAGUUGAAAGACGAGGUUGAUAGAAAUGUCUAUCGUAUAGAUGGACCUAGUGAAACUGCCCCAAAGAAGAAGAAGAAGAAGGUUGCCGUUGAUGAAAAGAAGGCUCAAAAGGUUAAGAGCGAGGUGAUUACGCCUUCUCCUGGUACUGGAGCUUUGAUUUCGAGGAUGUUGCAUCCUGGAUACAUCCUUGCUUUGGUUGUGAUUUGGCUACAAUUGGUCAUCUUGUACAAGUUGAUGGCUAUACAAACCGCAUUGCAGAUGCAUUUUGGAGCUGAUUCACCUAGAUGA